AUGAUAUCGAACCCUAACAGAAGAAAUCCAGAUUUCUGGUGCGAGUUUCAUAACGACCAUGGUCAUAAAACAGCAGAUUACAGAUUGCUACAAGGUGAAAUAGAGCAUUUGUUAAAACAAGGUUAUUUAACCGAUUUGUUUAGUGAGAAGGGUAAGCAAACAUAUAUGGAGAAUAGACAAGAGCCACCAAAACCUCCGUCACCAAAGAGAACGAUUAAUGUGAUAAACAUAGGAGAGGAGGUCAACGGUGUGACAUAUACGGCUGCAAAAAAGACAUCAAAAGUCACGGUUACCCACAAAAAGCGAGUUCGCAAAGUUUUGGAAAAGGACAACAUAACGUUUGAUGAUGUAGGCGCAGAUGGCGUGAUGAUCCCUUACAACGAUUCACUGGUAAUAUAUUUACUUGUGCAUGAUACUAAUGUGAAACACAUUUUGAUUGAUCCAGGUAGCUUCGUAAAUAUCAUUCUUUUAAUAGUGGUAAACGAGAUGCAAGCUGAUGACAAAAUGGUGCCCAAAGCACGUACCUUAUCUAGAUUCGACAAUUCAAACAUUGUUACAAAAGGGGAAAUAAUGCUUACUACAUUUACAGAAGGAGUUGUCAAAGAUACAAAAUUUCAAGUGGUAGAUACAGAUAUGGGGUAUAAUAUGAUUCUCGGCAGACCUUGGAUUCAUGAUAUGGACGUUGUUCCGUCUACUUUACAUCAGGUUAUUAAGUUCCCUUCACAAUGGUGGAUUAACAAAUCCAUGGUAAUCAACAGGCUUCUAGAAGUAUCAAUACAGUGGCAGAUUCGAGCAUAA